AUGCUCUUACUUCUGUUAGGCAUAGGACUGUCGUCAGUCCAAGCUCAACUCGAUAUCUCACCAUGUGGCACGAUGAAAGGAUGUUUGUUCGCGCCGCCUGGAUGCCGUCCUGGACAAAAUUGUCAAAUUCAGUUUAGCUACCAGGCACGUUAA